AUGAAUAUUUAUAUAUGGAUGUUAACAAUAGGGGUGGUUUGUGCCUCCCAGGUAAGAUACGACAACUUCAAAGUUCAUAGAGUAUUCCCAAAAAGUGAAGAUGAUGUAGAAGCUUUAACAAAAUUGCAAGAAAAUCCAUCUUACGAUUUUUGGACCGAUGGAGUUGGAUUAAACUAUACCGUUGAUAUUAUGGUACCACCCCAUUUGGAAUUUAACUUCAAAGAUUUUUUAUGUUUAAAAAACUUACAAUCGGAAAUUUACAUUGAAAACGUACAAAAUCUUAUUGACAAAGAAAGGCUCUCCAAUAAAAGAGCUGACGGACCAAGAUCUAUGGGAUGGUUAGAAUAUUACGAAUUAGAUGAGAUUUAUGAUUGGUUAGAUCAAUUAGCAGUCGAUCAUUCUGAUGUUGUAAAAGUUUUAACUCCAGGUACCUCUUAUGAAGAUCGCGAUAUUAAAGGACUUCAUAUUUCAUACUCUGCAAAUAAUGAGGAUAACACUAUUUAUAUCGAAGGUGGAAUUCAUGCUCGUGAAUGGAUUUCAUCGGCUGUAGUUACUUAUAUAAUUAAUGAAAUAAUUACCAGUGAAGAUCCAGAAGUUCGUAGAGUAGUUGAACAAUAUGAUUGGUACAUUUUCCCUUUGUACAAUCCGGAUGGUUUUCAUUACACCAAAACCACCAAUCGUAUGUGGCGUAAAACCAGAGUACCUUAUGAUAAUUGUUAUGGUGCUGAUCCUAAUCGAAAUUUCGAUUAUCGUUGGAAUACCCGAAAUGGUGCUAGUAAUAACCCAUGUUCUGAAACAUACGCAGGACCUUAUCCUAAUUCAGAACGGGAAAUAGCCACCAUGUCAGAAUUUGUUGAUAAAAUCCAUGACAGAUUGGUUGCUUAUUUUUCUAUUCAUUCUUAUGGACAAUUAUUGUUGUUACCAUUUGGACAUACAAAAGAUCAUUUAGGAAAUUAUAAUGAAUUAGUAAGUAUAAUAAUUUUCGCAAACACAAUCAAAGAAGUUGGCACAAUUGGAAUGGAGAAAUUAAAAACAUACUACGGAACUGAAUAUCGAGUGGGAAAUACCGCUGAGAUUUUAUAUGUUGCUACUGGAACUUCGACUGAUUGGGUAAAAGCAACAUACGGAACGAGAAUCAGUUACACUUAUGAACUUCGAGAUACAGGAUCAUAUGGAUUCAUUUUACCACCAGAUCAAGUUCUUCCUAGUGGUAUUGAAACGUUCGGUUCUCUUGUUACUAUUCUGGAUGAAUUUGCAAAGCGAUAA